AUGGCCCCCAAGGACGGUGCAUGUUUCCAUUGUUCCAACUUCCUCAUUCACGGCACAAGCGCCGAGACACGUGGUUGUUCACACAUUACCAAAUCAUCGAGAAACUCUGAGCUUCAAGGUCAGCAAGUUCGAGCAACUAGUGGCAGGGAAACGUUACAGGAUCACCCGGGACUCUGCGACUAUAUCUCUUCCAUGGGCUUGGAUCAGCAGCCGUCGGGCCGGCAAAUGCCCAGGCCAUCGGAAUGCCUCCCGGUUCCGCACGAUGAUGUGUUGCACUUCACCCGUUGCCUCAGGUUUGAGGAGCGAGAGAGCCAUCUCCAAAACGCAAAUCAAGACGUGCGCGGUCAAGUUACACACUGGCUUUCGAGGGUCCAAAGCGUUCGAUCCCACAUCGAUUCCCGCCCUGAAGGCGAGUUCUGGACUGCCCGCCUGGCCGAUCACCUGGCUGACCUCCGGUCCAAGCCCCAGCCGCGGAGAGCCGAGGGGACCCUGGCCCAAACCCUGUCCCGUCUCCAUAUUGGCAGCCGGAGCAGCCAGAUCAACAUCCCUGCUAUCCAAGUCGGCGACAAGACGCUCUCGGCGGAGUCGGCACCCAACAUCGCGGCAGUGUUAGCAAGGUCUCAUCAUUCCGAGAAGGGCGGUAAAGAGCACACGUACAAGGGGCUGCAGGCUGGAGCAGUUUAUUUUAAGGAUGGAAGACCUCACUCUCACCCCAAGUUACAGGGAAGCUUUCCCGAUCAAACCACCCCCUUGGCCGAUCUUCUCGCCAGGGAUGGCGAUAGGAGCGUUCUCACGGAGCAGUGCGAGGAAGGGAUGCUUCGAUGGUUCCACAUCCCUGCGAACAAUGCAUCGUGGGUUGAGGAGGCCAUCGCUCGCCAUUACAACGAGACAAAUGGACCCAGGAUGCGAAGUCAUCAAAGGAGGGACCGGAAACACAAAUGCCAUGUGUCUAUUCCUCAAGGCUGGGAAGGUCAAUCCAGGGCGAUUGAGCAGGCCACCCGAACCGCCACCUUGGAGAAUGCCUCAGCCUUGAAAGUACAUGAUAGGGUCGAGGACAACUUUCACAAUGAGCUUCGAGGCCACCACAUCAACGAGACGUCUCUUUCUGCCGUGGCUCAGGAGACCAUUGCCGCCUCCAUGAAUCACUUUCGGCCCAUGGCAAUGCGCGCGAGCACCCGUCGCGGCGUCAUCGGACGCAUCUUGUUCGGCGCGGCCCGCAUCGCCAAGCUCAUGACAUCCUACGAGGACGACCAGCUCAUCGGCGACUACCUGUACGCGAACCCGCCUCUGCAUCCGCGACGGACCCUUCACCAGUCGUUCAACGAGUACGCCAACUUCUUGCGCGACACCAGGAAGCUUGACCAAAACCAGAUUGUCUACCGGGCAACGGCCAAAAUCCGGGAUACGACGCGCCAGGGGUGCACUUUCCCCAACGUUGGGACAACACGAGAGCUUGCCGCCCGACAAGAACUAGCCGUUCGCGCCCAAGACAUCUGGACGGCGUACGGCUCCCCAGACAAGGCCCAGAUUGCGGAGGCGCACAAGGCCCUCAUGAACAUCAACCCCGAGGCCGGCCUCAUGAAACAAGCCGACAACAUCCUCAGCGAUCUCGGCAUCAUCCGUCAGAUCAAGUCUAUCCAACGCGAGGUUCUCGAACAGUACCACAUCCACGUCGCCCGCAGGCUGGUACACAAAUACGGGCUAGGCGUUAACAUCACGCUCCCACACACACCAGCUUUGCGGGACGUCAGACGCAUGCGGGAGGCCCUAGACGAGGGCGAGUACCCGUUCGAUGACAAGAAGUCCGCCGCAAACUGGACGCUCGAAUGUGCUGACGAGUCUGAACUGUUUCUGUCCGACCAGUACAAGCAGAUCGACAACCUCCACACGGCGGCCGAGUACUGCCACAAGCGGCUACAAGAGCUCCUCGACACCAAGAACCGCUACGCCGGGAUAGUCUCGGCAUGGGAAGCCGUAGCCAACAGCGUCGAGCAGUCCAACCAGGGCAAGUCCAUCAUGCUCUUCUCCGUCCUCAGCAUCAUCUCCUAA